AUGGCCAAUGAAGAGUUCGGCCGUCUGCAGCCCGUCGAAUAUGACGACUACCCAUCUUCCCCGCCCCAUGGAGCCUCGCCAGACUCCAAGAGCAAGUCGCCGUCGACCUACACAAGCGAGAGCCUCAAGAAGAUUGGCGAGAGCUGCAAGAAUCGUCUCCCUCCAGCAAGCGCCGUGCAGGCCAUGUUCCUCUAUGAGCUCCAGCGCCAGACAGAGGUUGAGAAGCUCUUCCAGGGCCAAUUGUUCAAACUUGCACAGCAAGAGAAGUCCGACGCAAACGACAAGGAACGUAUGAAUUGUCUUGAAAAGCGUCUCGCUACCCUGGAGAAAGAAGCUACUCACGGCCGCGUCGCCACUUCCGCCGCUCUUCUCAAAGUCCAGGGUGACAAGAUCAAGACGUGCAGCACCCGUGUGGACUCCUUCGAUGAGAAGCUGGCAGGCGUCGAUGCCCAGCUGGAGAGGCUCAAUACGCAAGCCAAGGAAGCCGCCGACGCUUUGGCUGCCUACCAGGCUAAGCAGGCUGAGGUGGCCGCCGCCGUUCCCGAGCAAGACCCCGUCCUCAUCACCCUCAAGCAAGAGGUUGAUGUACUCUUCCUUGACCGUGACAACAUCCUCGUCAUGGUGGACGAGGCCAAGACGCGCCUCACUCGGCUGGAGGAGAAUCUGCGUGCACUCACCCUGCAGCGUAUGCCCCAGGCACGAUCUCCGGCCCUGCCACAUCGUCUUCCCGUCACCACUUCCAACGGCAGCCAGAUCGACCUUGGCGUGCCCAAAGGCAUGGCUCACGUAGGACUGAAGAAGGAAAAUGGAUCGCCACGCAGCUUCUCUCCAGGCAAGCAGUGGAACUAG